GGGUUGUCGGCCGUCCAGUGAAGGUGUGCGCGUCUGACAGGCAGCGCUACGGAGCCUGUGCUCGAGUUCGUGACCUCCUCCUCCUCCUGAGCUGUGACAACCAGUGUCACCUCCCGUGUACCGAAAGCGGACUGUCACAAAACAUUGACCAAAAAAACAAACACUUAUUUUGAGUGGAUUUACAUAUAUAUAUUUUUUUUAAAGUGUUGGUAUUGGCUGUGAAGAUCGCGUUGUAUAGUGUAGUAUGCGAGAUAUGACUAGUAUGGCGGUGGUGAUGCCAGAGAGAGAUCGGCCCUCACCCAAAGUGUGGCAACCAUGGUAUAUGGAAGAGAGCGAGGGCGGCGGCGGCGGGAAGGAGCUGCCUACCCGCGCCCACCGUGACCAGCGUCUGAGGGAGCGUCUGGCCCUUGUACGUCCGCCCCACCGGACCACACCCAGUCCUGAACGUGGGUGCUCGAGCGAGGACGAGAUCAACGUGGUGGACUCCCCGCCCCCGGCGCCCCUCUACGCCCACGCCUACUACGCCCACAUGGACGACGAUGUCCCCCUGGACAUGAGUACCAAGCGUCGCUCACCCCAACCCGCCCGCCGCCCUCCCCACCACAUCCCCACCUCCAACUCCCCUUCCCCGCCCCCAUACCACCCCCGCCCCACCUACCUGCCUGCCCCCGCCCGCGCCCGCCCCACAGUCAUCACCUGUGGGCCGCCCCGUUAUCUCUCCGCCCACGACCUCCCGCCCGCAGAACCCGCCCACCUGCAGCCGCACCACGCCCACCGGGACCUGCCCCCUGCCUACUCUGAACGCCAUCUGCCGCCCCCGUACAGCGUGGCUACCGCCCACCUCAACCAACAGAGGGCGCGGGAAUCUGGGUCUAUGCCACGCCCACUCUUGCCCGCCACGCCCAUCAGCCCCGCCCACAGGGACGCCCCUCGCCCUGAGGAGACGCCGUCGCUACGCAAGGUGGUCCAAGCUGGGCCGGUGGACCCGGAGAUCGACGAGCACUUCCGCCGCAGUCUGGGCAAGGACUACCAGCAGCUCUUCGCCUCCUCCACCCCGAAGUCACCGCCCUCUACUGACUCAGUUGACGACCACUUCGCCAAGGCCCUGGGGGAGACGUGGGUCAAACUGCAGGCAGAACGUCGCGAUUCCACCGCCAGCAACAGCAGCAGCAGCAGCAACAGCAACAGCGGGAACAGCAGCAGUGGCGGAGCAGGCUUGGGCGGCGGUAGUGGUGGUGUGGCAAGCCGGCCGAGUCCCGCCCGCUCCUCGCCGCCGCCGCCAGCGCCUCGCCUCAUCUCUACGUGAGCACUUCGCCCUCUCCUGUUUCAAACUCUUCAGGUGUACACGUGGCGUCGCUACGACCACCUAUUCCAUUCAAGUCUAAAUCUGUUCUACGCCUUUGGUGGGUGAGGGCGCGUGGGUGGGUGUAAUCAGCGCUCCAGGCACACAGGAACCUCCCCACCUGCACCACACUCGCCCACCAGCACCCACAAACACUCUGGGUGGAGGUGGGCGGCAGGGAGCGUCAAGGACACGCCAUCGCCACCUUCCUGAGCGCCAUAAGGAGUCUGCUGCACCGCUGGGGAACGCCGCACUGCGGAAAAGCACAGCACGUUAGGAAAGACUUUUCAUUAUGUGAGGCUGCACUAGGGUUCCUAGGACAGCUGCACAAGCCAUGGUUGGUAUACCACAUAUGUGCUAGACGCGAGAUUGGCUAGGACUGUGGAGGCGGGAACAAGUCUCCCUACUGCUAGGGAAGAGGCUCGUCCCUACCAACGCUAUCGCACCACAACAAUCUCAAUUCUUCUCUUGUAUUUAGGUUUGUUGGCAACACGUUGCGAAUCAUUGCAUUUUUGGCAUAUGCGAUGUAUUUAAUGUAUAUAUUUGUAAACAUUCUGUACAUACAUUAUGUAUAUAUUGCUUUGUGUAUAUAACUGUGAUCAAAAUCUUAUUGUUGUUUGUUAAUACUAUUUUGAUUAGGAACAGAGCUGUUAUAAUUACUUUUGAAUAAAUAUUAUAGUACGUUUAAUAAUACAUUUGGUCCAAGUGUGACGUAUUUAUCUUGUGUGUGUGCAGGUGUAGAGGGCAUUAGAACUACCUGGUAAUGUGGCAGUACCUCGCGGCGGCUGACGGGCCUUCACCACCACCCUAUACAGUCACACCCUAUACAGUCACACCCUCUACAGUCACACCCUCUACAGUCACACCCUCUACAGUCACACCCCCUACAGUCACACCCCAUACAGUCACACCCCCUACAGUCACACCCUCUACAGUCACACCCUCUACAGUCACACCCCCUACAGUCACACCCCCUACAGUCACACCCCCUACAGUCACACCCUCUACAGUCACACCCCCUACAGUCACACCCCCUACAGUCACACCCCCUACAGUCACACCCCCUACAGUCACACCCCCUACAGUCACACCCCCUACAGUCACACCCCUUACAGUCACACCCCUUACAGUCACAUCCUCUACAGUCACACCCCCUACAGUCACACCUACAGUCACACCUCUUACAGUCACACCCCUUACAGUCACACCCCCUACAGUCACACCCCCUACAGUCACACCCCCUACAGUCACACCCCCUACAGUCACACCCUCUACAGUCACACCCUAUACAGUCACACCCCCUACAGUCACACCCUAUACAGUCACACCCCCUACAGUCACACCCCCUACAGUCACACCCUAUACAGUCACACCCUCUACAGUCACACCCCUUACAGUCACAUCCUCUACAGUCACACCCUCUACAGUCACACCCUCUACAGUCACAUAGCUCCAACAUCGUAGUGUAAACAUAGCUGGCGGCCAUCACAACUAGCGGCCCCGAUCAGGGCCAGUCCUGCUCAUAGCUAUUCAUCCAAAGUGGACUGAAACCUAAAUUUUACUCACAUACUGAAGAACAUUUUAGCAAGAGAUGAGUACAUUAUAUGGUUAAGGCAGCCAACAGUACUCGAACACGAAUAAAGAACACUUGGACAUAUAAGUGUAUGGAGCAAGAGUUGGCCGAUGGAAUUUAAUAUGCGUAAAUGCCUCGUUAUGGAGUGUGGAAUAGGAGAAAAUAGGCCCCACACACACACACACACACACACACACACACACACACACACACACACACACACACACACACACAGUCUUGUCACCGCCGUGGGCGCCCGUCACAUACUAAGGGGUUGGGCCACGGACUCUCAAUAUAUACAUACAUGAUCUCAUCUCAUGUUUAACCUAGCGCUUGUAAUCAUUAUAUAUAUAUAUAUAUUUUAGUUAAUGGUCACUAUAUGAAGCAUUGCCGGUGACUAGCACUGGACCAGACUUAUAGAGUAGAUUUAUGACAAUAUUACCCUUCCCUGUCCUCUCUCUCCAGCUGUAUGCCGAACUAAGGAAGGUUCUUAUCACAAAGUUGUAUACUAAAAAUCUGGUGGUGAUGAGUUUUUAAUAGUUCAAAGUUGUGAACAAUAUUUUCUUCUGGAAACUCCUAUGUAUACAUGGACGUCGAGAUAUGCAUGUAUAUUAUAUAUAUAUAUAUAUAUAUAUAUAUAUAUAUAUAUAUAUAUAUAUAUAUAUAUAUAUAUAUAUAUAUAUAUAUAUAUAUGGGUGAACUUUAACUAUCACUAAAUCAUUAUAUUUUCUCAUUUCUAAGGUCAGCCACCUCAGUGUUCUCCAUCCUUAGUAUCAAAAGCAUACUCCUUUCUAUAAUAUACUUAUUAAUAUAUUUUGAUAUACUGUGGAUUAAUGUUUACCCCGUGAGUGAACUUGGAGUGCUUGGAGGCAGGGUGAACCCUCCCCCCCCCUCAUCCCCUCCCCUGGGGGCAACAGGCAGGUCAGCUUGUCCCCCAAAAAAUAAUAGUUGUUGAAUCCUUCGCUACAGAAUCCACUUCGAUCUUCGGUAGCUUUAUAGGAUUUGUUGAACAUUUCAGUGUUUAUUUUUGUUCAGUCUGUGACGGUUGUUGCAACAUGCGAAGUGUGUUAGUGUCGGCCAGGGGCCAACAGUGUCGGCCAGGACCACACCUUCACUAACAAGGAGGACCCAAGGGAAGCAGGGUACCGACAAGGGUCCACACACACACCAGUAACCAGCGGGUGCUAACACCCCCUUCUCUCCCCCUCCCCCCCAUUCCCCUCCUGUAUGUACCACUACACAAUAAAUUAUUUACAUUUUA